AUGUCCUUCGGCGGUGGUUUCGGGGGCUUUGGCUCCAACAACAACAACCAGUCCACUGGCUUCGGUGGAUUUGGCUCAUCCAACAACAACACAUCGACUGGCUUCGGCUCAAACGCGAACACCGGGACGAGCAUAUUCGGCGGCGGCGCAAACAACACAGGCAGCACAAUGUUCGGUGGCGGCAACAACGCCAGCUCGAGCUCGCCUUUCGGCGGCUCAGGAGGCUUCGGCGCUAACACGGCACCCAAAACCACUUUCGGUUCGCAACCCUUCGGCAGCUCGACAACAGGUGGCGGUCUCUUUGGCGGUGGAGGUGCUUCAGGUGGCAGCGCGUUCGGCGGCGGCGGCGGCGGCUUCGGAGCGUCGAACAACACCACCUCAGCUUUCGGCGCCAGCAACACCAACACUGGAGGUGGUCUUUUUGGCCAGGCCAAGCCGGCGACGGGCUUCGGCGCUUCAACAACAACUAGCGGAGGUCUAUUCGGAGGCGGCAACACCAGCAGCGGCUUCGGAUCUACCAACGCGAACACCACAACAGGUGGUUUUGGUUCCAGCACUACUGGCGGUUUUGGUGCAGGCAACGCCCCACCUCCAAAUAACGGUACCGCCAGUACUCCGUUCCAGGCAUUCCAGGAGAAGGAUGGCACAGGCAACGCGCAGUCGCAGUACCAGACCAUCACCUUCCAGCAACCGUACACCAACUACUCCCUCGAGGAGCUGCGAGUAGCCGACUACAACCAGGGCAGGCGGUAUGGCAACCAAAAUGGCCAAGCUGGAGCGUUCGGACAGAGCACUGGUUUCGGCGGAUUUGGUAGCAACAACAACACCACCGCUUCUACCGGCGGCUUCGGUGCAGCGGCCAACACUGGCGGCAGCUUGUUCGGCGGCGGCAACACCAACACCGGUACCACAUCAGCAUUCGGUCAGAGCACCGGUUCUGCCUUCGGAGCAAACAACAACACUGCAAGCGGCGGUCUUUUCGGUCAGAACAAGCCUGCCACUGGUGGGCUAUUCGGCUCGAACAACAACACCACAACUGGAACCACUGGUGGCCUCUUCGGAGGUGGCGCUCCUGCGACAAACAACACUACAGGUGGGUUUGGUUCUGGAGGCGGCGGUUUCGGUGCAUCCACAAACACUGGUGGUGGUCUGUUUGGUCAGAACAAGCCUGCGACUGGUGGCGGUCUAUUCGGAGGCGGUGCCGCAACCAACACCACCUCAACACCUUUCGGAGGUGGAGCCACGAACACUGGUGGCGCGUUUGGUCAAUCUAACACCACUGGCGGUGGUCUCUUUGGCCAAUCCAACAACCAGGCCUCUUCUACCCCCGCGUUCGGAGCCAACAACACCGCCACAAACACCGGCGGCGGUCUCUUCGGCAACAGCACGGGUGGAGGCUUUGGACAGAACAACCAGGCUCCUGCCCAGAACAACACCUCCGGAGGUCUCUUCGGCGGUGGCGGUGGUGGCUUCGGUCAGAACAACAACAACCAGCAAAAACCCGGUGGCCUCUUCGGCGGUGCAAGCACUGGCAACACGGGCGGCGGCGGCCUCUUUGGUCAAGCCAACCAGAGCCAGCCAGCUUCUGGCGGCUUGUUCGGCGGUUCUACUGCUAACAACAACACCAACAACACUGGAGGUGGUUUGUUCGGGCAGAAGCCUGCCACUGGCGGCAGUUCUCUAUUCGGCGGCAACAAUGCUAACACUGGAUCAUCUGGUGGAGGCUUGUUCGGCGGUCUUGGCAACAAUAACACUCAGCAGAACACAGGAGGUGGUCUCUUUGGUGGUGGUCAGAACAACAACCAACAAAAGCCUGGCGGGUUAUUUGGCGGCUCUACAUCGAACCAAAACACUGGAGGGGGUCUCUUUGGCGGCGGAAUGGGUCAGCAGAACAACCAACAACAGGGUCUUGGUGGCUCACUCUUCUCGAACCAAACUCAGCAACAGGAGCAGCCGAGCCUCAGCAACAGCUUGUUCGGGGCUUCGGGAAGCUCUCUUUUGAACACGUCGAUGAACACCAACCCCUACGGCAACGACGCCCUCUUCGCUGGCCUUGCUACCCCAACACAGAGCCCUGGCCCAAUCGCCACCCCCUUAUCGAGCAGUCAGAAGAACAAGAAGAACGCCAUACUCCCUCAGCACAAGCUCAACCCGGCUGCUUCGACACGUCUUCUUACACCGCAAAACAAGAGGGGCGGUUAUGGAUUCUCAUACUCCACGUACGGCACUCCAGUUGGUGGUGCGAGCCAGAACGGUGGCCAACUCGGCGGCAGCCUGUUUGCGAGCGGCAGUUUGUCUCGAUCCCUGGGUAAGAGCCUUUCCACGAGCAACCUCCGAAACAGCUUCACACCCGAGACGAAUAGCAUACUAGCACCAGGUGCCUUCUCCAACACGGGACGCAACUUCGGCAACGGCAGUCUCAAGCGACUCAACAUCAACCGUUCAAUCGCCAACCGGGCCCCACUGUUUGAUGAGCCUUCACAGAAGCGGGUCAGCUUUGCUGGUGGUGAGAGCCCGAAUGGUGGUGCUAACGGAGAGACUGCGCUGGUCGUCAGGCAAGAUGAGGAAGAUGCUUCUCCCCGGUCCAACAAGGACACCAACGGCGAACCUUCUCGCCCAGCAAUGCAGCAAGUUAAUGGAACGGAACUCGCCCGCGUUUCAGAGGAGCACGUACUUACCCCCAAGUCCUCUGCAUCUAUCAACGUUCAACCAGGCCAGGACCCCAAGCCAGGCGAGUACUGGUCAAGCCCCUCGCUGGAUCAGCUGAGGAGGAUGAGCAAGCAGGACCUCAAGAGCGUACCCGACUUCAUUGUCGGUCGUCACAACAUUGGUCAGAUCAAGUUCAACCACGGCAAGCCUGUCGAUCUGUCUGAAGUCGAUCUUGACAGACUGUUCGGUGACAUUGUUCAGCUCAAUGCUCGUAACGCUACCGUGUACGGAGAGAGCUGCACCUGCCUGCCAAAGCCACCGCUAGGUAGCGCCCUGAACCAGCCUUCUGAGAUCGUCCUUGGUAACUCCUGGCCUCGUAACAGGGCUGGCAAGAAGGAUGUCAAGCAUCUUGAGCGUCUCAAGCGAGUGGCUGGCACUACUUUCAUCAAGUACAACCAGUCCACUGGCGAAUGGACCUUCUCUGUUCCCCACUUUUCGUCUUACGGUCUAGACUACGACGACUACAGUGAAGACGAAGGCGAGGACGAAGAUGCGUCAAGCGAUCUCAGCGACGUCCCUGACACUCCCGCUGAGCAGCAGCACCGCUCGAGCCAGAUGACCAGUACGCCCCAAGACGACUCCUUCAUGAGCCCACAGUCGCAGUCUAGCCCUGACGACACAUUUGACUUCAAGAAGGGAAUGCGCAGCAGCCGUACUAGCGUACCUGGUGGCUUCGGCGAUGAGACGGCGUAUGUGGAUGACGAAGAUAUGGAGGACACCCAUGGCGAGUCUUUUUUAGGGCAGCGCUCCGUGGGUUCGCUUGAUGGGCAGCACGAUGCUGACUACUCUGAAGAGAGCGAAUCGGAAUUGGCACGCGACCAGAGCAUGGCGGACUCUGUGUCAGGACCAGUUCGAACCACGGAGCAAGACACCGCUAAGGAAGACCCGUUCAAGAGCACUUUGAAGCCAAAGUCGAUCUUGAAGCCCAGCCAGCUCAUGAAGCCCGGAGCAGGCACACCUACAAAGGCGCAACCGGUAUUCGAUGACGAUUGGGCAAACCAACUCCAGCGCACCAUCAGCCCAAAGAAGCAGGAUCGAUUUGCUCUCCGCGAAAGCCAGGGCAACGUACUACGAGAACACGAAGCGCAGCCUACGAAACUAUCGCAGUCUUUUGGUGCGCGACAGAUGACUACUGCCAUGGAUUUAAUGGAUUCUCUCUUCGGUGAGACCGAGAAGCAACAGCUUCCCAAGCGUGGUGGACAUGGUAUUGAGUUACCCUAUUCCAAGCGACCCAAAACCGCCUCCGAUCUCGACGAACUUGCCGAUGCCGACAAAGAGUUCCACGGUUGCAGCAAACCCCACUUCAGCGAAACCAACGUCCUGAUCUACGGCAACAAGGGUCCCUCCCACCUCGAAGGUGGUGUCUUCGCAACCGCUCAAGACCCACUCGUCGAUGCUACAAAGGAUAUGCGCUUCGUCAAGAUGCCUACCUUUACUGAUUGUGCCCCCGAAACUCUGUCGCUUCAGAAACAAUACACGAAGAUCUUCAGAAACGAUGGUGUACCUUCAGCAAGGCUUGUGACUGAUCCUGCCCCAGUCGAGUUCUCCAGCAUGGCAAAGGCCGUCGCGCUCGACACGCCGGCUGGUGUUCAUGAACAACAAGCCUGGCAGCUACUUUCGCUUCUGUUCGACGAUGCCGACAAUAUUCCAGCCGACGUGCCAGAGGAGAACGUCAACACCUACCGGAAGGAGAAGUUGUCUGAUUUCUGGAAGCUGCUCGUCUGGGAAGAUGCGCAGAAGCAUGCCCAGCAAGCUGCCUCGCCUGAAGAGCGCGCAAUCGCCCACCUCAGUUGCAACAACGUUGCCGAAGCUUGCCAUACAUUGCUGGACGGGCUCGACCUCCGGUUAGCCACGAUGGUCGCGCAGAUUGGUGGUGAUGAAACGAUGCGCCAGAGCAUGGUAGCUCAGAUCGAAGAGUGGCGGCGUCUGGAUAUGCUUUCCGAGAUGGAGGACGCCCACCGUGCCCUCUACGAACUCCUAGCCGGCAACUGCAGCAAGUCCGAGGGCAAAGCGGGAUCUGGCAAAGAAAACCGUGCUUCUACCUUUAACGUCUCGAGCCGGUUUGCCCUUGACUGGCGACGCGCCUUUGGUCUUCGUCUGUGGUACGGUACAAUGAUUGACGAGCCCAUCGAGAUGGCUGUCGCGCAGUUUGCGGACGCCGUUAGAGACGGUAACGAAGACGUCAAACCAGUUCCCUGGUUCAUUCAAGAGAACGCCGACAUGGGCUGGGAAGAUCCGGAUGCUGAGCACCGAGAGGAUCUGCUCUGGGGCAUCCUCAAGCUCUAUGCGGCAGAGAAGAUGAGUCUUCCUGCGAAUGUCGAGGACGUUCUCGCUCCCGAAAACGUGUCCGGCAACCCCUUCAACGCCCGUCUUUCAUUCCAGCUCUUCCAGCUCUUCAAAUCUAGGCAAGAAGAUGAUGCUGAGGCUGAUGAGCGCAAGGUCGCUAUGCCUACCGCUCGCGGUCAAGAUGAGGAAGAUGACGAUUUCCGCCGGUCACUGCAGUCAUGGUCCGCACCUGGCGCUGCAGAAGAUGUGCAGGCAGCGAAUCCACUUGUCGAGUUGGGUGAUAAGAUCACUCUCACAUACGCGGCUUCGCUACAUACACCAGAGCAUUGGACCACUGCGAUCUGGGUAUACACACAUCUGUCUUCACCAGCGACGCGGGAGCACUACAUCCGCUCGCUCGUCAACCAGUUCUCAAGCUCCUAUACCUUGGAGGAAGGCGAUGCCACUUACAAGUACCUCACAAUCGAUCUCCAGGUACCUGCAACAUGGCUUCACGCUGCCGCAGCACUACAAGCGAAGUCAGGCGGCGAUGCCUUACGCGAGGCGACUCAUCUCAUCAAGGCCGACGAGCUUGAAGAGGCACAUGAAGUGCUCUGUCGAAAGGUCGGCCCUGAAGCUAUCGUCUCUCGCGACUACGAUGCCCUUCGUGAGCUCAUGGGCGGCUUUGUGUCCACAUCGCCACCUGAUCGCCCUAAGGAAGCGCUACAAGGCUGGGCCCAAGGUGGUCAGAUCUACUUCGACUACAUUGAGUUGAUCGACCUGACUGGUCAACGCUCAAACUACCGCGUCGACGAGGAGCUAGACAACCGUGUCAAAGAGCUGCUCACCAAGCUACAGCGCGCUCUGGAGAUUGCCGGACGCGACAGGCUGGGUACAUGCGGUCUGGAGGAGCGUGUGGCGCUCAUGGAGAUUGCUGGUACCGUUGCCAACCUCAUUUCAAAGACUCAGCAAUCAAACCGCAACGCCAUUCUAAAGCUUCCUCUCACCGAGGACCUAUGGCUCAAGCACUCGAUCGAUCUCAGCACGAACUACUACCGCAACGUCAUGGUCACUACUCGGUAG